AUCCACUGCCACGGUGACGCAGAGAACCCGGAAGACGUGUGUUUGCUGUCAAUGCCAUCGACAGAGAGAAAGCACUGAGAGCUAAAAAGCCCGCAUUUAAGACAAGAUGGCAGGACUGCCCCGCAGGAUCAUCAAGGAAACUCAGCGCUUGCUUGCAGAGCCUGUCCCAGGCAUCAAGGCAGAGCCAGAUGAAGCCAAUGCCCGCUACUUUCACGUGGUCAUUGCUGGACCUCAGGACUCACCUUUUGAAGGAGGCAUAUUUAGACUUGAACUCUUUUUACCAGAGGAAUAUCCCAUGGCAGCUCCUAAAGUACGUUUCAUGACCAAAAUAUAUCAUCCGAAUGUUGACAAGUUGGGAAGAAUAUGUCUUGACAUUUUGAAAGAUAAAUGGUCACCAGCUCUGCAGAUUCGCACAGUGCUGCUAUCUAUCCAGGCUUUACUAAGUGCACCCAACCCUGACGAUCCCCUAGCAAAUGAUGUUGCAGAGAAGUGGAAGACCAGUGAAGCUGAAGCCAUAGAAACAGCCAAGACAUGGACCAGGCUUUAUGCUGGACAUACAAAUGACAUAUAAACCAGCCUUGUGGAGACACAAGUGGAAGCAAAUUGUAUGAACACAACUCAUGUGCUGCCAAGACCUCCUCCUGCUUCAUUUGCAUUUAAAGGACACAAUCUUUCAGUGUAUAUACAUAUAGUCUUUUAUUAUAUAUGUGUAUACACUAAAAGCGUCUAUAUAUAUAUAUAUAUAUAUACACACACACACAACUGCUGAUAUUUGGUGAUUUAAAUGCACACUAGAAAUUAAAAGAGUUGUCUUUGUCCUAACUUGUUACUAUUCAAAUGCAUGGGCAGAGGUUUUAGAUCUACUCACCUGGCUUUCUUUGUCCACUGAGGGGAAAUGUGUCUUAUGUCCCACAUUUUUUUGGUGAUUAUGUUUUGUUUUUGGUUUGUUUGUUUGCUUGGUUGUUUGUUUUUUUGGGGUGGGGUGGGGUGGGGGGCUUCAGAGCAGGGGAAUAAGCUGAGUUAGAGACUGGCUUAGAUGUGGUUAAUAUGAUAUACUUUUUAUGUUUCUUUUAACUUUGUGUUCUCGUGUCGCUGUUCAUUAAAAGCAGCUAACUGCUAUUAGCCCACCAUUUUGUAGGGUCUCGCCUGGAGAAGGUUUAGUCCUGUUUAGGUUGCCCAGUAGGUUGCAUAAACAAUCAUUGCUGUGCUGCUUUUUUGAGUCACCUCUGGAUUCAUUAAAUAUAAACUGAUAUGACAGAGAACCAAACUGAGCCUGCCACUGUCACAUUAACUUUUCCAACCACUCUCAGUGUAGACUUGGAUGUACAGCAUGCUUGUGGAUGGCACGAGAGUAUUUGGUGGGUACAGUGAACAUCGUGGACCUUUCUUUAGUUUUAGCACAUACAGUAUGUGUUGUUACCAUAUCUAGUCUUUUACAUGUGAAUUGUUCUUGCUAUUGCCAUAAUAACUACUCUUGCUUUUCGCCCCCUUAUGUCAUCAGUCUAAUUCUGCAAAACUCUGUGGUUUACCUGCUCUCAGUGACAUUUAUUUCACAAAGCAGUGUGGAUACAUAUGAGCUGUAAGUUGUUAGUGGGACCGGGGUGGGGGGUUCAAAGGAUUGGUUCGUGAGAAGAGAUGUUGCAUUGCAGAGGGGCUCACAAUCUAAAAAUACAUUGAAGGCUUUGAUUCUUGACUGUUGUGAUUGGGCUUAGGCUGAAAAGUCUGUAUUCAGUUCACUUUGUGUAAAUUCAUUCUUUGUUAAUCUGAAGGUGUAUUCCUGCUCUCAGAAUGCUAUGAAACAGUCCAACUGCAUACUUUUAUGUUCUGUAAAUAAAUUCUGUUGAUUAAUAAAUAGUUA